AUAACUAAAAGAGAUUGUGUGAGGCGUAACGUAAGCGUGGGAGACGUUCACACGCAAUCAGGAACUAUUAUAUUAAAUGUCAAUGUAAAUAAUGCGUUCAGGGAUUUAUACUGUUGCGAAGUUUUCUGCAGCUUUUGUCUCUUCGCAGUCCUCUCGGAAAAGCAAGUCUUUCAUUUCAGCUGCUUCAUUUCAUUUGAGAAAAAUGGUGCACUAUCUAACAGAGCAGAGGGGACGAGCAAACUCAACUGACUACAGGAUUUAUUUAAAAACUUCUGGUGGAAAAUACAUAUCCCCUUUUCAUGACAUUCCUCUGUAUGUUGCUGAUGAACAGGAAUGUGGCGUUCCACCAAAGAAAUUAAAAACUAAUGAGAUCCUGUUUAAUAUGGUAGUAGAAGUUCCUCGUUGGUCAAAUGCCAAGAUGGAGAUGGCAACAAAGGAACCAUUGAACCCAAUCAAGCAAGAUGUGAAGAAAGGCAAGCUACGAUAUGUAGCUAACAUUUUUCCGCACAAAGGUUACAUUUGGAACUAUGGUGCGCUUCCACAGACAUGGGAAGAUCCCAAGCACACUGACAAGGAAACCGCGUGCUGUGGAGACAAUGACCCCAUAGACGUAUGUGAGAUUGGCUCCAAGGUGUGUGUAACGGGGCAGGUGAUUCAGGUUAAAGUUCUUGGAAUUCUGGCUUUGAUAGAUGAAGGAGAGACUGAUUGGAAGGUAAUAGCCAUCAAUAUAGAGGACCCAGAUGCAUCAAGCCUUAACAGUAUUGAGGAUGUGAGAAAGAUCAAGCCUGGUCAUCUUGAGGCUACGGUGGAUUGGUUUAAAAAAUAUAAAGUACCAGAUGGAAAGCCUGAGAACAAAUUUGCAUUCAAUGGACAGUUCAAGGAUAAGGACUUUGCUAUAGAAGUCAUAAAAUCAACACAUGGCUUCUGGAAAGCAUUAGUGAUGAGAACAAAGACGAAAGGUGAUGAAAUUGUUUGUCAGAACACCUCCUUGUGCGAUAGUCCAUUCACAUGCAGUGAUACAGAGGCCAGUGCUGUAGUUCAAGCUGCUGCAGAAUAUGGGGAACCUCUUGCAGUUUCUUCUGAAGUGGACAAAUGGCACUUCUUUGCACAGUAAAAGAUCAUUCACACAAGGGACAAAAGGGCAGACGAUGCCUUUACAUGUAAUGUCCAUUUUUAUGUUUCAUUAAUGUUUUAUUUUUAAAACUUGUCUUUAUUUAGUAGCACAAGGCAUACACACUUACUUGUCAUUCAUUUGUUAUCAUAUAUGCAAGUAAUUUUCUUAUAUUUCAGUAUUCUUACAGUAAUAUUUGACAUGUAUCUGUACUUAAUUACUUGUUUUUACAUAUUUCAAAGUACAUGUGUUUCAGUGCCAAAGCUCAUGUUACCUUUCUUACUUUAAAGGUUAAAUAGUCAACCAUUUUCACAACGUGAGUUUUUUUUUUCUUUCCCUUUUAUUUUCUUUCAUCAUACUUUUACAGUGCCAGUUGUGAGGUUGCGAAUUGCAAUUGCAAUUUUGUUUUUCCACAAGAGGUCAGCAGAGACACCCAUUGUGUGAUAUAUUUUUAACUGAAUUAAAAGGGUUAUGCAUGGGAAAUAAGUUUUUAAUUGAAGUUGAAAAAAUGUGAUGAAUUUGCUUAAAUUAUUAUUUAUUGAUAAAAUAGUCAUUUAAAGGUAAAUAACAAAACAACUUCCAAAAAAUUGCUAUUAUCAAAAUGAAAUGAAAUCAGCUUUCUGGGCCAAAAAAAAAAAGUUUGAUUUUAGGGCUUCGGGUCAUUUUGACUAACAAGAGAAGGAUUUGUCACAUAGUGCGAGGGCACUCGAUAAUGAAAACAAAACCAUAACAAAAGCGCUUGGAAUGGAUCGACAUUAGACUGCCCGAUGGUUCACGGGGACAGUGCUGCAUCGUCACAAAAGUUGAUAAUUUGUGCAUUUUUUUAGUCAUGCCAAUUUAAACAUGGUGGGAGAGUUUAUAUAUUUAUUUGUUGUUAUUAUUAUUUUUUGUGAAUGCUUUAACUUCACAACCAAGGUACAUAAUCAAAUACCUGAAUAUAACAAAUUUUGUUCAGCCUCUGUUUGAGCAUAACCAGCGGCUAAAUCGGAUCAGGAAAGAGUUGAAGUUAAUGUAUAAACUUUUUUUGUAUAAAAAAAAAAAAUGUAUAAAAGUUUUUUUGUUGUGAUUUAUAUUACACACAUUUUUGUUAUGCAUUUCAUUAGGGGUUUGCAUGAAUAUUUGUUUGUUUUUUUAACAUUCGAUCUGCAAUUAUUAUUCGAAAAAUAACUCGCAAUUAGAAAUAAAUGCACUGGGUGGUGAUGUGGAGCCUGUU